AUGGGGCUAUUUGAUCGUUUAGCGAAUCUUUUAGGUCUUAGGAAAAAAGAAGUAAACGUUUUAGUAGUGGGCCUUAACAAUAGUGGUAAGUCGACGGUCAUAAAUAAUUUCAAACGCGAGGAUGACCGUUGCAUAGACAUAGUGCCCACUGUUGGCUAUAAUGUUGAAAAAUUUUCAUGUAAGUUAAAUAAUAACGAGUGAACGACAUUCGAUGUUGAAUUGACGUGCUUAAAGUCAUAUUUCUAUUUCAUUACUUGCACUUGCUGAUCUGUCCAAGCACUAAUUGUUGUUAAUGUAAUAAAAUGAAACAUAUAUUUCAAGUAAUAUUUUCUCUUGAACAGUCUGUAUUAUAUCUAUAUGUACAUAAAUGGCAAAAAACAUUUGGUACAUUAAAAUUUAAAAUAAGAAAUCUGUUGGAUAUUUUACAUUAUAUGGAAUACUUCAAUUUUUUACUUCUAUUAUUAACGCUGAUUCGUUCUGAUUUCCUUAAUGUCGUUUCAGUCAAAGAUUUCAUUCUUCCUCUCAUUUUGUUUCGCAAUAAUUUUGUAGGUUGUACAUUAUUGUCGCUUACUGUAAUAUUACUAAUAUCCAUAUUAACCGAUGCAUUGAAAUUGGGUGGAUGGUAUUUACUUCGACGUAUUGGAGUACUAGUAAAUGGUUUAUUUAGUUUGUUUCUCUGUUCAUUUUUAGAGACAGUCGUAUCAGAGGAUACAGUAUUAUUACUAUUCUGUAAUUCUGAAUGAUUUGUUUCAAAUUUCAGUUUUGUUUGCUUUAAUUUCUUUUGUUUUGGAUUAGGUAUAUUUGGUGUAGAUUUAGUAAUACUGACAUUUUGUUGUCUCAUAGAUUGUUUCAUGUUUUUCAAUUCCAACUCUUUAUUUUGUGGAGAAACAGAAUUUUUAUCGGUAUCAUCUGAAUUGUUAAUGAAUUUUUUUUGUUUCAAUUUCUUUUGUUUUGGAUUACUUUUAUUUGGUGUAGAUUUAGUAACACUGACAUUUUGUUGUCUCAUAGAUUGUUUCAUGUUUUUCAAUUCCAACUCUUUAUUUUGUGGAGAAACAGAAUUUUUAUCGGUAUCAUCUGAAUUGUUAAUGAAUUUUUUCUGUUUCAAUUUCUUUUGUUUUGGAUUACUUUUAGUUGGUGUAGACUUAGUAACACUGACAUUUUUUUGUCUUGCAGAUUGUUUAAUAUUUUUCAAUUCCAACUCUUUAUUUUGUGGAGAAAUAGAAUUUCUGUCAGUUUCGUCUGUAUCUGAAUUGUCAAGAAAUUUUUUUUCUCCUGAGAGUUUCCAUCUUUUUUUCAAUUUUUGCUCUUUAUUUUCGAAAGAAAUAGAUUUUUUAUGAGCUUCACUUGAGAUAUUAAUAAAUUUUUCUUUCUUUGUUAUUUUUCGUUUUUUCUUUGAUUCUUGCCCUUUAUUUUCAGAAGAAAUAGGAUUUUUUUCAUCAGAUUCAUUUGAAAUGUUAAUGAAGUUUUCAUUUCCUGAUAUUUUUUUUCUUUUUCUCAUUUGUUGUUUUUUCUUUUCAAGUCUUAAAGAUCUUUUUUGUGGUAAUGUGAAACUAUCUAAAAAUCCCUCUUGAUCUGAAUUAUUUGAAGGCUAAAAAUACAAACAAUGUUUUUAGUUGAAUAUACUGAUUGAAUAUAAUGAUAUUUGCUUAAAGUAACUAAGAAUUUUACAUACGUUAAUAUUUAAUAGACUUUCUUCAUGAUCGUCUUUUGUCCACGUAAAUUCUCCUUUGUUUAACAUCUUCUCAAACGCUGUAUGCAAAUCAAAUUGUUUAAAACAGGCUAAGGAUGAUCGCAGACGUUUUUUGGUCAUUUUAUCUAAUUCUUCUUCUAUUACUGAAUCUACCUCAAUUUUGUGUGGUCUAGCUUCAUUAAUUUUAUAUAGGAGAUAUAUAAUUAUGGCCAUAUAUGAAUCAGUACUUUUAUUAUAUACUCCUAUCAGUUCUAAAUUGAUUUGUGUAUAUCCUAAAUUAGUUUGUAACUUACAAUUUUUUAUAUUAGAAAUACUACGCUAAAAAUAAAAAUAAAUACUUGAUAUUUUGUUUUCACAUAUUAAGUAGAACAAUAAAUUCAAAAGGCAUAUAUACCAUCAAUGCUGUAUACUGUUCAUGUCGUACAAAAUAAGAGUCUAUGUGUUGUUUACAAAUUUUCAACAAACAUGGUAUAUUUUUUAAUUUUUGAAUAGGAAAAUCAGAUAUUAUAUCCUUUAAAUCAAUAGCCAUUGGCAUCACCCAUUUUCCCAAAACUCCUUUGUUUUGGUCAUUGAUAAUUUGUAUAGCAAAAAUGUUAUCUUUAUCAUAUUUAUUUAAAGAUGAAAAAUUAAAUAUAUAUUCUUGCUUUGUGAACUUGACACAGUAAAAGCCGGAAUAUCUAUAUAAUUCAGAUUCUAACUGUAAAUUAAUAUCUUGAAUAUCAUCAGUUUUCAGACUACUAAUACUGCUCGGCUGAAUAAUACAUUUAUUGUUUUUAAAUUUUGAUAUACCCAAACUCCAUUCAAUUUGUAAAAUUAUAGAUUUUAACUGAUUUAUUUGUUUCUUUAAUCUGUCUUUUUCUUCUUUCUUCUUUAUAGAGCCUGAAAAUGAAUAAUCACAUUACACCUUCAUCACAAAUGUCAUAAGAUUAGAUCUUUGUAAACGUAUGUGUAGUUUACUCUUUUCCUUUUUAGAGUUGUUUUCGUCAUUAAUAACAUUUUUUAACAUAUUAGAUACAUCCAUAUUUUUGAACAUAUUAAAUACAUCCAUACUUUUUCACGGCAAUUUAUUUAUUGACCGCUAAAAAGUAAAAUUUUACCGCGCUAACAUACGUUCGUCAUACAUAUUUACAUUACAACUCAGUGGUUCUCAUUUGUUCGAAUAAUGAUAGUGAAGAAGCAGAUGGCGCUUUAUAAAAUGAAAGACAUGUAUUUCUUAGAUAUAUACAUGUACUUGUUAAAUUUCAUACAUGAUUUGCGUUUCAUGUAAAUAAAUUUUACCUUAUUAUUUAUAUUAUGUUUCAUCAUCACAUCAUAAAAUACUGAUACAUUUUAAUACAUGUUUUUCAGUUAAAAACGUUAAUUUCACGGCAUUUGACAUGUCAGGGCAUGAUCGACAUAGACCGCUAUGGGAACAUUAUUACAAAGAUUGUCAUGGUAUUAUCUUUAUUAUUGAUAGUAGCGACAAACUACGAUUGGUCGUUGUUAAAGAAGAAUUAGAUAUGCUUCUUCAACAUCCAGAUAUAGCCGGUCGUAAAAUACCGAUUCUUUUUUUGGCAAAUAAAAUGGACUUGCCCGAUUCCUUAACUACUGUCAAACUUGUUGCUGGACUCGGUCUUGAUCGUAUACAGAACAAACCUUGGCAUAUACGAGCAACGAAUGCGAUUACUGGAGAAGGUUUACAAUUAGGCAUAGAAUGGCUUACGGAUCAAAUUCGCGACAUAUAUAUUAAUAAAAGAUAAAAAUAAGUUUAAUAUACCGAAUACAAGAAUGCUCAUGAAAGUUAACCAGACGAAGUUAAAAUAACCGAUUACAUGGUGGCUCAUUUAAAUCUAGAUCUUCAAGUAUUUCGUUUCGGAUUUCAGUCACUUCGUGAAUGAAAUUCAAAUAGUGAUGAAUGAAUAUCAUAUGGUCACGUGACUCUAGUCAUCAAUGAAUCCGUCCAAUAAUAAACGAUAAAUAUUUCAUACUUGCACCAUAUUUUACACAAUAUUUAUUAUUUAAUUACAUUGUCGUUUUGUAAAAUAUGUAUUUCCAUUGAACAAAUUUUAUAUGCAAUAAAUUAAUGUAUCCUUAAUAGAUGGCGUUUGCAAAUGCUUACUCUCCGUCAGAGAUUAUCUGUAUGUGAACUGUGUAUCGAUUGGUGACAUUUCACGAGUCAAUAUAAAUUUUUCAAAUACAGUUUAAAAAUAUUGACAAAAAAAAAUGAGGAAAAAUAUCACGAUUUACGUUUUAUUUGUCAUUUUAUUUAAAUUUAUACGGUGUAACAGUGUAAACAAAUACGCGUUACUUAUGCCAAAUGUUAGACCAAAUAGAGAGGAAUUGUAUUUAUGUACUCCUGUUAAAGUAGAUCCUUCUCGAAACUAUUAUUUGAUCAGUUUUGAACCAAAUGCAACAAUGGCAAGUGCUCAUCAUAUACUUUUAUAUGGUUGUGGAAAGCCUGGUAGCUCAAAACCUGUAUGGGACUGUGGUGAAAUGGUACAUGGUAUAAAUGAUAAUGAAGUUCCUUGUGCAGAAAAUUCCCAGAUAUUAUAUGCUUGGGCCAGAGAUGCUCCAACAUUAAUUUUGCCAGAAGGAGUAGGUUUCAAAGUUGGUGGGGACUCGCCGAUUAAAUAUUUGGUUCUUCAAGUUCAUUAUGCGCAUGUUGCGAGAUUUCAAGAUGGUAGAACCGAUGAUUCUGGUGUAUUUCUUUAUUAUACAUUACGUCCAUUGAAUAAAUUAGCUGGUGUUCUUCUUCUGGGAACUUCAGGUGUUAUACCACCUCGGAGUACAACAUACAUGGAAACAGCUUGCACGAUAAAAGAGAACAAAACUAUUCAUCCUAUUGCGUAUAGGACUCAUACUCAUUCACUUGGGAAAGUAGUUUCUGGAUAUUUGGUAAAACCAGAUUACACUUGGAUAGAAUUAGGCAAAAGAGAUCCUUUGACACCGCAAAUGUUUUAUCCUGUACAUAAUAAAGUUACGGCUAGUCAAGGUGAUCAAAUAGCAGCUCGCUGUACUAUGCAUAGUACACGCGACAGUUGGACAUAUAUUGGUGCUACGAAAUCUGAUGAAAUGUGUAACUUUUAUUUGAUGUAUUAUGUUGAAAAUGACGAACCACUAUCUAUGAAAUACUGUUUUACCAGUGGCCCUCCUACUUAUUAUUGGAAAGAUGAUGGUCUAUUUAAUAUUCCUACUAUAGAGGCAUCUAGUUUAUAAUAUUGAUUAUUGUAUGUACAUGCCCUGGUUAAAAAUUGGCACAGAUCUGUGGCUGUUCAUAACGGAAGUAUUUUAUCUAUUUAUUAUAAAAUAGAAUCUGUUUAUCAUUUAUGAUAAACUUUUGCAUUUGAUAAGUUGACAUUACUCGUACUUUAUUUAUUUUUUUUACAAUGUAAUGUAUGCAUUGUUAUUUAUUAGUUUCUGUUAUAAAUAGUCUGUAUUGAAGAAGAACUAUUUAAUUAGUUUUAUCAUUAAUUAUUAUUAUUAUUAUUAU